UGUGUGUGUGUGUGUGUGUGUGUGUAGCGAUGCGUUUGAUUUUCAGUACGGUGUUGUCAUUCUCAGACUGCGAGAGGGACUCGAUAUUUCUCACAUUCAAGGCCAAGAUGAAUCUUCAGGUCUGAAGGAUGUGGUGGUUUCGGUUGACAUGAGUAAAGACUCGGAUGGAGACUCGUCUAAACCCUCCUCCAAGGCCACCAGUGUCCAGAACAGCCCAGCCGUGCAGAAAGAUAAACGGAGCCCGACGCUUCCUCUGAACAUGAUGGACCAGCGGCUGUUGGACGCAAGUCAGCAGUUCCAGCAGAAGCAGGGCAAGGGCACGGUUGACGUUUGGUGGCUCUUUGAUGAUGGGGGUCUGACUCUGCUGAUCCCUUAUCUCAUCGCCAACAAGAAGAAAUGGAAGGACUGUAAGAUCCGCGUGUUCAUUGGAGGAAAGAUCAACCGGAUCGACCACGACCGCAGAGCCAUGGCCACAUUGCUCAGCAAGUUCAGGAUCGAUUUCUCUGACAUCACUGUCCUGGGCGACGUCAAUACAAAGCCCAAGUCAGAGGGUCUGACAGAGUUUGCUGAGAUGAUCGAGCAGUAUAAACUGAGAGAAGACGAUAUGGAGCAGGACGCGGCUGAGAAGAUGAAGAGCGAAGAACCCUGGAGAAUCACUGACAACGAGCUGGAGCUCUACAAAGCCAAGAGUAACCGUCAGAUCCGGCUGAACGAGCUGUUGAAGGAGCACUCCAGCACAGCCAACCUCAUAGUCAUGAGCAUGCCGCUGGCCAGGAAAGGAGCCGUGUCCAGCGCUCUGUAUAUGGCCUGGCUGGACACACUCUCUAAAGACCUGCCGCCCAUCCUGUUAGUGCGCGGGAACCACCAGAGCGUCCUCACCUUCUACUCGUAGAGCGCACAAACACACACACAAACACACACACACUAGUACAACACAUCUUAUGAUGACGACAGACGCUCCUCACCGAAGCGGACACCAGAGUGGCUCUCUCCUCUACGCCCACAGGAGAGCUCACAGACACACACACACACACACACACAGAGCACAUCUGAUGAUGAUGAUGAUGACGACAGACGCUCCUCAACGAAGCGGACACCAGGGCAGCUCUCUCUACUGGUGUCCACUGUCUUCAGCUCACCGUUUCUGAGCACAUGUUACACUGAUUGUUGUUAUCAUUGUUAUCAUUACUAUGACUGUCACAACUUUCUGAGUUGUGGAUUUAUUUUUCCUUUUUCGUACUUUUUAAUUUGCUCUUGAUAAAGCAAUAAUCACCUGAUUUCUUAUUUUCUCACUUUGAAGAAAAAAUCGGUUCUGUGCAACACUUUUCUAGCCUUGUGGAUGUGCCUUCCUGUGUGAUCUUAUUACAUACUUACAUUUUUCCCUGACUGGUGAUUUAUGAUCUAGAUUUUAGGCUGUUUAUUGGGUUGUAAAUGUAAAUCUUCCUUGAUUUGAUCACGCUUGGACACGAGUGGACUGAGGUCUCCACUGGGCAGCAUUAGAAAAUACUUUCUGGCUUUUUUUGUAGUCCGUUUUUUUUUUUUUUUUUUAUUAUUCUUCUGUUGUUUUUUUCUUCAAAGUUUUACGUCUUCCUUUAAGCAUUGAAUGAGUUGUGGUGUUAGCUCCUCCAUGUUCUCCAUUGAUAGACCUGAACUACGGGUGAUUUUUACAAUCAUCUUUCACGUAGUCUUAUGUAAAAAGUCAGAACUUUAACAAAACUAUAUUAGUUUUCCCUUGUGUACAGUUGAACAGUUUUUGGUUUGACGAAGAGAGGCUGAUGGAUGAGUGCUGUCUGAAGGAACCUUUCAAACCAACAAUGAACCAAAAGAAGCAAAGCCCUGGAGUCACAGAAGACCUUUGCCUUAACAGAUGAAGUAAGGAUUGUAGUUUUUACUCGUCGUCGUCUUCAGCCACACUGGCUAGCUGUAGAUUAUAGAUGACAGAUGGACUAAUGCCUGAACGAGAAUGUAAUCCUGGCCGUCUAGGAAAGCUCUCCAUCUUUCCACUUUCCUAGUUUUAUAAAGCCGUCUGGAAUUGUACGUUAGUACCGUGCUAAAGCACCAUCUUCCUCUCUCACGGACAGCAUGUUUCCUGCGCUGAAUGAAGCUGAUUCGUUCCUCUAUGCAGGUGGACUGCGUGCGACUCGUUGAAAUAUUGUAAUCUAAACUCAGGAUCGAGAGCCGGGUUCAUCUUUAAUGUUGGAGACGUCUGACGUCCAGGAUUUAGUCUGUCCUGUUCUGAAUGUUAUCUGUUCGUCCGGUUGGUUUUUGUGAUUGAAUGCUGGGAUGUGACAAGAUGUUUGAUGUAUGGCCCAUCAUGCCUUAAUUUAGAGCGGUCCGUAACUGAAGCGUUGGUCAGUUUAGUGUCAUAUAGAGUGUCUUUGGUUUGGUCACACUUUGAAUCUGGUUCCCAACACUAAUAGUUUGCAGGCGCAGUUUGUUGCAGCUCUGUGUGUGUUACAUUCAAGCGAUUCAGAGCCCUGCCAUUUUACCUGAGAAAUAAUCCAUGUGACGAAUAUAUUCACAUUUAUAGAUCUCAAUAUAAGCGAAUAUUUAAAAGUGAAAUGUGUGUGCGCACCGCAUGUGUUUUCAUUUGAAGUGGGUGAAGUUGGUUAAGCUGAUGGUACAAUCUCACCUGUUGAAAAUGUGUCGUUUGUUCGGGUGAACGAGUGCUGUACAUACACACCGACGUACGACAAAUUCACCAGUUCAACUCCUACCUGUUCACUUCAACAAUUAGAACACUUGUGUAUUAUAUGUAGAUCUAGAAAAGAAAGCGUGUGUGUUUCUCAGCAAUGUAGAAGUGCAUUAGCUGCUGCUGUAGGGUCCACACCACGAGGUGCUCUACAAGUGCCUCAGCGGCCGGCUGGUUCUCUGGAGAUGGAGACGGUGGCGUGUCACAGCAUCUCUCGUCCUGCAGAAUGUGUUGCCAAAGUCUGUCUCAAGAUUUCUCAGUAGCUUAUCGUGUGAAAAUGAGUUAACACAUCAAGGUCAACGAGUUCCAGCUCUAGUUCACACUAUACUUCCUUACUAACUUGUAAAUAUCUUUUAACCUAACCAGAUUAAUCAAAGGAGUGGAGUAAUAACAAAUUAAUAUGGUGAAAUUAUUUAUUACAGGUUGUUUUUUGUUUCUCUUAUGUUACAGUAGUUUUUAAGAUGUUUGUUUUUUUUUAGUCUGCACAAUCUUUUUCUUUUUCAAUGUUUGGUCACAUUUCUAUCUUUUAUAUGCCUUUUAAUGAAAUGCUCUGUUGACCGAUGGUUUGAGUUUCCUGCUAAACAUGAGGGUGGUUCUGAGUGAUCGUGCUGGAACAGUAAUGUUUUGAUAUACUGUACUGCUGUUUGUCACAUGCUUUUUUCUAACAUUUUAACGGUUAAGGGUAUUGAUGCUUUGUACAUCUUUAUUGCAAUAUAUAAAAAUAAACAAAUGAUAAUCAGUU